AUGCCUGACCGUCGGUGGCUUCGAUUGAAGGCGAAGCUCUGGCGGCGAUCGUCGACAUCCUCCGUUCCGGCCGCCGCCACCGCCAGCACCGAUGAUGGAUCUGCUGGGUCCAGCCAUGACUGCAACUUCAGCUCCAACAACCUCGUCAAUUCCGUCACCGACAACGGACAGCUGCAGGACCCAUCGGCUAACGUUUCUCCGUCCGCCGAUCACCAAACAGCCCGCCGCGCACACUCCUGCCAGACUCUGUCUCGACCUUCUCCCGACGACGGCCGUCCUCCCAGCCACCCGGUCGCUUCGGAGCACGGUGAUUCCCUAGCUUCUGCCGCUGUGGGCGACAUUUCCCGCGAACCGGUCCCGACCUCCAGCCGAGGACAGCUCGACGGUCCUCUCGACGGUCCUCUCGACAACACUCCAUCCGUAAAGCCCCGACCAGAAGAUACGGUCGAAGAGCAGCGCGAAGAGAAUCGACCGUCGGCCAUUCAGCAAACGGGCGCUGCAUCUUCCAGUGCACCCCGACUCCCGCUGCAGCGCAAGCCUGUCGCUCGCACCUCAUCAUCCAGCAAACGUCCCAACUCAAGCUUGUGUUCUGAGCACGGUCACCCCCCACCAACAACGAGUCUCGCCCCCGAUCGCCUACCCUCGCCGAUACCAACCCCUCCCCCUCCAAGUGCCGGUCGCGCCAACGCCCCGUCUUGCCAGCUUGCCUUCAACAAUCUGGGCCUGGAACGCCUGGGGUCUGCGGUCGUUGAACCCCAGUUACCCGUCUUAGAUGCAGUUGCGGAAAUUCCGUCCGGGGAAUCCACAACCUACCAGGUAGUGACUUCAACCACACCCGCACCGUUCCCGAAGCGCCCAAGUCUUGGUUCUCGCCGUCAGUCACUGCUUGCGCCGUCGCACCAACAUCUGAUUAACAGCCUGCUGGAUUCGGGGCCCACGGGUGAACCUGACGGAUUUGACAACGGUCGCUUCAAUACGUACGGUACAGGUAUGGUUCGCAAGAUCUGGGUCAAACGGCCAGGUGGGUCGGCCACUCUGGUCCCCAUCACGGAUGACUUCGUGGUGGACGAGCUGCGAGACCAGGUGAUCAACAAGUACGCCAACUCUCUGGGCAAGACUUUCGAUGCGCCCGAUAUCGUCGUCCGAAUCUCACCCCGAGAGGGCUCCAAUCGACAAACGACACCCGAUCGGAUCCUGAGCCCAGAGGAGUCAUUGAUGAACGUGGUGGACACCUACUAUCCCGGAGGGCAAGUCAUUGAAGAGGCUCUUAUCAUCGACAUUCCUCAGCGACGCACACCCAAACCGUCCCCGCGCCCUCAAGUCUACUAUAACCAGUCCGAGCCCGGCGAGCAUGGCGACUACUUCCCUCUCAUGCCAGCGAAUCCCACAGUUCCCACACCGCCAUCACACCCAAACAACUCCUCUGCCAGUGUCAACGCCCAUCCCGCCCCGUCGAUAUCAAUCCUCACUACAGGUAUGGCCCCGCCACUGCCUUCGCCGGGAAGUCGCGGGAAUCGACACCCGCGUCGGCCACCACUCACUCGCCAUACUACAAACUCUCCUACGAUGCUAGGCCAGGUGACGGCUCCGAAAGACCCCAACGGUGUCCCAGGACCUCUAUCGUCCCAGCCGGUGCCCUCCAUUCCCACUCCGCCCGGUCCUCCCCCGGAGUCACCUCAGGCCAAGUCGCUUACACCUCCUGCACGUGGAGCUUCUCCGCGUCCCCGUCCGUCUGCGUCGUCCGCCAAGCCGAAGAAACCGAGUGCGACGCAGUCAUUAAGUGGGGCCUUUGGUGGUCUCAUUGAGGGCACGGUGCCACCGAUCAACGUGUUGAUUGUUGAGGAUAAUAAUAUCAAUCAAAGGCUUCUGGAAGCGUUUAUGAAGCGUCUGAGUGUACGUUGGAAGUGCGCUGCAAACGGCGCAGAGGCCGUGAAGAAAUGGCGACAGGGCGGUUUCCACUUGGUCUUGAUGGAUAUUCAAUUGCCCGUCAUGAACGGAUUAGAUGCAACGAAGGAGAUUCGGCGACUGGAGCGGCUGAACGGCAUUGGCGUGUUCCCUAAAACCGCCGAUGGACGGGCUAGUGCGGCCACGGCCAGUGUGACCUCACCGCCAGCCAUUCCAGGCAACAGUGAUCCCCUGAAUGAAGAAGACACGUUACAUGACUUGUCUCUGUUCAAAAGCCCGGUCAUUAUCGUGGCGUUGACGGCGAGCAGCUUGCAGAGUGAUCGUCACGAAGCUCUGGCGGCCGGCUGUAAUGACUUCUUGACCAAGCCUGUGCGAUUUGAAUGGUUGCAGCAGAAGGUCACGGAAUGGGGAUGCAUGCAAGCUCUGAUCGACUUCGAGGGCUGGCGCAAGUGGCGUGGCUACGCCAAUGAUACUUACUACUUCCCAACGGCGGAGGGUCAUACAAGCCCCAUGCAGACCGGACCCGAGACAGCCUCGAAGAAACCGUCCCCGAGUAUCACUCCCUCGCCGUCUUCGAUGCUCAGCCAGAAUGGCAAGAAGGAGCGUAAGGCCCUCCAUCUGCCCAAACCCAUUGAUGUGACCCCGGAGGAUUCUUCCGGAAGUGGGAGCGGAGAGGGACUGGAUUCGCCAAGCAGCCCGGUGACAUCUGUCCCAGUCCCAGGUAUCUCAGCUGAUGCAGACGCACUCUGA